AUGGAGAAGCAAAUGAGCUUCGUCGUAUUCUCUUGUAUCUUCUUCUUCUUCUUCUUCUUGUUUGGUGCUUAUACAGUUGCAGAAUCGCAUGACUACUACCAUGGUGGCGGCGACUCAGGAGUGAAGCUUUUCGUAUUCGGGGACUCGUAUGCGGAUACUGGGAAUUGCCCCAGACCAUUGGCAAGCUCGUGGAAACAACCUUAUGGAACUACCUUUCCCGGCAAACCAACAGGCCGCUUCUCCGAUGGACGUGUCCUCACUGAUUAUAUAGCUGCAUUUCUGGGCACCAAAUCUCCAUUACCCUAUAGAUGGAGAGAAUUUGGUGGGAAAUUGGUACAACAUGGGAUGAAUUUGGCUCAUGGAGGUACAGGUGUCUUCACCACAUUGGUCAGAGGACCAAACAUGACAACACAAAUCAAUUAUUUGCAAAACCUCCUUGAAGAAAAUGUGUACACCAAACGCGACCUAAACUCGUCGGUUGCUCUAGUGUCCCUGGCAGGCAACGACUAUGUUACUUACAUGGCGCACAAUGGCAGCCUUCAGGGUUUGCCAGCCUUCACCACCUCUGUAAUCAACCAGCUUGCCCUGAAUCUGAAACGGAUUCGUGGGUUGGGAUUGCGAAAAGUAGCUGUAACAGCCAUGGAGCCCUUAGGGUGCUUGCCUGCAUUUACUGGCUCAUUUUCGUACCAGAAUUGCAGUGCAACUGAAAAUGCAGCCACCAUGUUCCAUAACCAAAUCUUGCAGCAAGCAGUGCAGAGGUUGAACAAUGAAAGCAGGGGACAUGUGUUUGUGAUGCUUGAUUUAUACAGCGCUUUCAUGUCUGCAUUCAAGAUAAAAGAAAACCAUUCAGAAAAUUCAGAGUUUGAGAACCCAUUGAAACCAUGCUGCGUGGGUGUGAGCAGAGAAUAUGGAUGCGGAAGCGUAGAUGAGAAUGGAGUGAAGAAGUACAUGAUAUGCAAUAACCAUAACCAAUCAUUCUUUUGGGACAUAAUGCACCCUUCAGAACAAGGCUGGCUUGCUGUUUACAAAUAUCUACUGUCUUCUCUCCACAAUCAUUUAUCCAUUUAG